UCAUGGUGUUUGGUCAGGUUUUGUAUUGAAGUAGCAUUGAUUCUGUACUGAAUAACAUAAACGCACAUGUGCGCUGUUUCAGAGUAAAACUGAAGCGACUAAUGCUUCUCUAUAAAUGAGUCUGUCUGAACACGACCAGGAGCAGUUUGACUGUUUUACUUUAAGCUCGUUGUAUAUCUAUAAGUCUUGAGAUUGUAUUGUUUGAGCUGGGACUGACUGCCAUCAUGUCGACAGAAAAACAACGUCUUCCAGAGGAGAAUUUGCAAGGCUCUUGGGUGGAGCUGCACUUUAAUAACGGAGGAGGAGGAGGAACUCCCAAAGCAACAGUGGACGAUCAGUCUCAGAGUUCAGCCCCGUCUGGAGACAUGGAGAAGAUGUUGCUGGAUGCUCAGCAUGAGUCUGGCAGAAGCAGUUCCAGAGGGAGUUUACCAUGUGACAGUCCUCCAAGGUCCCAGACCCCUUUACACUUGAGCAGGGGCUCAGAUGUUCACAGCUCAGGAGAGAAAAACAGCUCACAGUCUGAUGAAGAUUUUCUGGAGAGGAGGAAAGAGGUCGACAACCUGAUGAAGAAAAAUGCUGACUGGAUAUGGGACUGGUCGAGUCGCCCAGAAAACAUCCCACCCAAGGAGUUCUUGUUGAAGCAGCCCAAACGCUCCAGUACUCUGAGCAUCAGGAACACUAGUGUGAUGAAGAAGGGAGGAAUCUUCUCUGCAGAGUUUCUCAAAGUCUUCCUCCCAUCUCUUAUCGUGUCUCACAUCCUUGCUGUGGGGCUCGGGGUGUACAUAGGAAGGCGUAUCACAACCUCUCCCAGCACGUUCUGAGUGAGAUCCCGUGGCCCCAACGUCACAGGUGCAACCUCGUCACCCCUCGUCUACACUGCUAUGUCAUCAAUGUUUGAGUAGAUCCAUAUUGGUCGGAAACCCACUAGCCGUUUCCAUCUGUGGGCCAUGUGCUGUGCUGCUUCGCAUUCCUCUCCCAGGUCAUGUAUUCCUUGCACUCUGCUUUAACAAUCCAACCUACACUGGGAGGCUACUUUAGGUUGGAGGCCCAGUAGUGUUAUCUAUGCUUAAUCUUAAUUUUUGUAGAGAUAUAUAGAGAAUCUGUUAAAAAAAAAAAAAAACAGUCAUGUCAAAUGUAGAUGUAAGGAAGUAAAAGAGCAGUAUGUUGGGAUUGAAAAGUACUACAUGGAAGGUAUGAUUCUGGCAUACGAUAUGCAAAUAGAAAUAAUGUACAUUUGAUUGGGUUAUCUCGUGUUUCACUAAUUGUACAAGCAAAGAUUUUGGAAUUUGACAAAUUAUACUCAUUAAAGAAGGGAAAAAUUAAACCAAUGGUUUAAUCAACCAAAUUUUAUGAUGGUCAAAUUAUAUUUUGGCAAUAAUUUGAGGAAAUAAGUCCAAAUAAAAGUUAAAUCUAUAUGUUUUGGUUUAUUUACAGUUUGAUUUAGUUUCACACCACACGUAAAUACACUAAAAAGCAAUAAAAAAAUUACCUGAUUACAGAUAGUGCAUGAAAUAUAUAAUUAGUACAAUAGUGAAUCAGUGUUUCUCAUUUUGUUCAUCAGCCAAAACAUCCAGAACAAACUAGCAACACGAAAUCCCCAUUUGUAAGUCCUGCUUUUUGUCCCUGCACAUUGUGUUAAGUUCAAAUGCUGCCUUAUUCGAAGCACUCCCUGAAAAGUAUAUUGGUAUAAUAUUGUGAUCAAUACCAUAGAAUUCUUUUCAGUAAUCAAUCGGCACUGCGUGUAUUAAAGGGUGCCACGUCAGUCCUGCAUUACUGCUCUAACUGAGGGAGCUACCCAAGACUCCUAACCGAUACCCAGAGCUGUAUUUCUUAAUCCAAACUUAUAAAAACAAACAAAAAAAAAAUUUAGAUUUCAGUAUAGCAAAUUCUCUUGCCACGUGAUUGUAUUAUGAGACUUUUUCAUUUAUUGCUGCGAUCUACAACUCAGGUAAGCAUCUUGAAAGGAAAAAGAUGCCUUCGCUGGCCAGAUGUAUUUACACAAGUACUGAACACGGAACACUUCUGUUUAUCUACAAUAAACAGUAACGGAUCAUAUUCUGUUAAACACAGAGUUACAGGAUUAUAAUUUUAAGCAUCCAUGCUGAGAACAGGAUCAAGUGUUUGGUGUGAAUAGUGGUGGCCUACUAGUAACAGUAUGACAAACCACCCAGGCUCACUGUUUUUCUGCUGUUUAUCCACACUUGGAUAACCUCGAUACAACUAUUUCCUCAAUUAAAAUGCAUGAGAGAGGCAGUGUUUCAGAAACAUAGGAGUGCUCAAGUGGCUUGCAAGACACAUCCACAGCAUUGGUGUUGGUCAUGUUUAGAAGAGUCAAAAUAUUAGGUGUAGCCACUAAUCCAAGCUCACUAUAUAGCCAUUCAUUCUACACUUAAGCACACAUUUAGUGAUUAUGCAUGUGCUAUGGAAACACAUUACACUUAUUUUUUAUUAAUAUUUCUUCUAAUUAAAAUGUAGAAAUGUCCAGAUAUGAAUCUUAAGAUUCAAAGUUGUAAAGUCUCCUUAGUUGCUGUGAUGACUUCCCACUGGAAUAAGGCAAGGAGAAAAAGGGAAUCUUGUUGUAAUUCAGUGCAUGAUGUGUAGCGUGUAUAAAUAUUAUGUCUAUCUGCAAGGUCCUUUGGUUUUGUAGUU